GGUGACAGAGGACCUGAUGGACCCGUAGGCGAGCCAGGGUCACGAGGUGUCAAGGGCCGACCAGGGGGCCCAGGCAAGCUGGGGCCAGAUGGGCUGCAGGGGAAGAUGGGGGAGACUGGGGAGACAGGAGCACGUGGCUUCCCAGGUCCACAAGGACCACAGGGGCCACCUGGGCCUUUGGGAGAAAUUGGGCAUAAGGGUGAUCCUGGCCAGCUGGGAGUCCCCGGAGAGCAAGGCCUCAUUGGCCAAAGAGGAGAAUCAGGGCUGGAAGGGGACAGUGGGCCACCCGGGCCAGAUGGUGUCAAGGGUCCAGAAGGGAAACCAGGAAAACAGGGGCAAAAGGGCAAACCUGGCCAGAAGGGCAGCAAGGGCUUCCAGGGGCAGCUGGGUGAGAUGGGAUCUCCAGGGAAGGAGGGGCCAAAGGGGAACCAAGGCCCUAAAGGAUCCCGAGGUACCCUGGGACCUAUGGGUGCUCCAGGAAGGAUGGGUGCUCAAGGGGAACCUGGCCUAAAGGGCUACCAGGGCCAUGCAGGACCACCAGGGCCAAUUGGACCACCAGGGCCAAAGGGGGAAAAGGGAGAACAAGGUGAUGAUGGGAAGGUGGAAGGCCCACAGGGACCACCUGGAGACAGAGGCCCUGUUGGUGACAGAGGUGAUCGAGGGGAGCCUGGAGACCCUGGGUAUCCUGGUCAAGAAGGGCUUGAUGGAGAAAGAGGAAAACCUGGACAACAAGGCUUACCUGGGCAUCCUGGACCACCAGGCCAGCCAGGAGCAAAGGGUUCCAAAGGUGAUGUGGGUCAAAAAGGGAAGCAAGGAGCCCGGGGCGGCGCGGGGAGCCGGGGCUCACCGGGCAUCCUUGGGCUACCAGGUCCUCGAGGAGUGGUGGGAAGGCAGGGUCAAGAGGGUGCCCCUGGAGUGGAUGGAGUGCCUGGCAAGGAUGGCGUGCCUGGGGUGCUGGGAGAGCAGGGUGAUGAUGGGGAAGAAGGUGUGACAGGGAUGUCAGGCAAAAGGGGGAACCCUGGCAUACCUGGACUCCCUGGGGCACAAGGACCACCAGGAUUCAAGGGUGAAAGAGGAUUGCCUGGACAGACUGGCCAAACAGGGAAGCGAGGAUCCUCAGGAGGAACGGGCCUUCCAGGGAGCCCUGGUGACCCAGGACCCAAAGGACAGCCGGGAGACUUUGGCGAGGCAGGAUUCCCUGGGAUUGCAGGCAUGUUUGGGCCAAAGGGUCCCCCAGGAGACUUUGGUUUCAAAGGCAUUCAGGGACCACGUGGGCCACCCGGUCUCAUGGGAAAAGAAGGAAUUAUUGGUCCUCUUGGCAUUCAGGGUCCCACGGGAAGCCCAGGGCCCAAGGGAGACAAAGGCAGCCGUGGAGAAAUGGGUCUGCAAGGUCCAAGGGGUCCUCCAGGCCCACGAGGACACCCUGGCCCUCCGGGACCACCAGGAAUUCCAGCCUCAUUUCAACAAGAUGACUUUGGGGCAGCUUUCCGGACACUGAUCGACUCCAACACUGCUCUCAAGGCAGAGGGUUACCAACAUCCAGACCUUCUCAUGCUGGACCAUGGAGGGGAGAUCUUUAAGACUCUACACUACCUCAGCAACCUCAUUCAGAGCAUCAAAAGACCCCUGGGAACCAAGGAGAACCCUGCACGCAUCUGUCGAGACCUCAUGAACUGUGAACAGAAGAUGAACGAUGGUACCUACUGGAUCGACCCAAAUCUUGGCUGUUCCUCAGACACCAUCCAGGUCAUCUGUAACUUCACCAAUGGUGGGCAGACGUGUCUCAGCCCCAUCACUGUCUCCAAGCUGGAUUUUGACGUCGGUCGAGUCCAGAUGAACUUCCUGCGCCUCCUGAGCUCUGAGGUGGUGCAGCACAUCACCAUCCACUGCCUGAACACCUCUGUCUGGAGGGAGGGCUCCUCUGAGAAACCCUCGGGAAAGGCCGUGAGGUUCAGGGCCUGGAAUGGGCAGGUGUUUGAGGCAGAAGGGCAGCUCCGGCCUGAAGUGGCAGCUGAUGAUUGCAAGAUCAAGGAUGGACGCUGGCAUCGGACCCUCUUUUCCUUUCGGACACAGGACCCUCAGCUGCUGCCAAUUGUCAACAUCCACAACCUUCCCCCAUCCCAGCCAGGGAAGCAGUAUCACCUCGAGGUCGGCCCCGUCUGCUUCCUUUGA